UCGGGUUCUCGUGGUCACAUCCACGAUGCCGAUGCCGUUAGUGGCGUAAAUUCUAAAUUGUCCCUUAAAUACGCUUCACUAUGACCUCCAGCGCGGAAACGAGCAUCUCGCUUCGAAUACCGUUCCCCAGCAAGCGGCACGCGGAGGUUGCAUUCGAUGCCCUACGGGUGGACAGUGAACCGCACCGGAGUUUCGUUAAAAAGACGCUCAAACUGGACGACCAGUACCUGCAGCUCGAUCUGGUCGGAGAACAGUCAAAGAACCUGCGCGUCGCACUGACCUCCUUUCUGGAAUCGCUUAUUCUGUGCUGCGAAACGCUGGAACAGUUUGGUCCACCCGUGUCGGAGCAGUACUCGCACUACUAG